UGUUUAUAACUCUAGGUUAACCUUUGCUUGAACGCAAGACCCUUCAUACCUCCAGUUCUUGGUAUUUCCGUUUUCAACAUGAGCCAUGAAGGGAAAAGAGGAUAGUAUUGGAAAUGAAGGAGGUUUGCAGCUUCUUGUUUAAUUUUCUGCUUCUUUCUCGAACAGGGAAAUGAAGACCCCAUGAAGUCACCUCCGGCAUGAUGAGAAAACAUCAGCAUCUAGUGGAUAUUUCGGAGUUUGGAAACCAAAGCGCAAUAACGAAAUAAAUUCCAUAGGAAGAAGAAACCCUCUCGAGGUGCUGAUUUUUGUGGAACUCAUUUCGAUCAGGAAAAAAAAGGGAAGACUGAAGUGUCCAUAUUGCAAUUAAUUCUAUACAUAACUGUCAACAUGGAGAAGAAACCAUAUAUAUGCCUAGAGUGUGGAAAGAGAUUCUCUCAGGGUGGAAGUCUAUAUUCACAUCAACGGAUUCACAGUGGGGAGAAACCCUUUAAAUGCCAGGAAUGUGGACAGAGCUUUACUGAGAGUGGACAAUUACGUAAACAUCAAAGGACUCACACUGGGGAGAAACCCUAUAAAUGCCCAGAGUGCGGAAGGUGCUUCGGUCAUACUUCAGUUCUGAAUAUUCAUCGAAGGAUUCACACUGGAGAGAAACCCUUUAAAUGCCUGGAGUGUGGAAUGAGCUUCACUCAUGGUUCAAGUCUGCAAAGACAUCAAACAAGUCACAGUGAGGAGAAACCCUAUACUUGCCUAGAGUGUGGACACAGUUUCUCUAAGAGUUCAAGUCUUCUUUCGCAUCAAAGGACUCACUCUGGGGAGAAACCCUUUAAAUGCCUAGAAUGUGGACAGAGCUUUAAUAGGAGUGGAAAUCUACGUUCACAUAAAAGGAUUCACACUGGAGAGAAACCCUAUAUAUGCCCGGAGUGCGGAAAGUGCUUCACUCAUGGUUCAAGUCUGCAAAGACAUCAAAGGAUUCACAGUGAGGAGAAACCCUAUAAAUGCCUGGAAUGUGGACAGAGCUUUGCUCAAUUUUCAAGUCUAUGUUCUCAUCAAAGCACUCACACUGGGGAGAAACCCUAUACAUGCCUGGAGUGUGGACAGAGCUUUACUCAGAUUUCAAAUCUACGUUCACAUGAAAGGAUCCACACUGGGGGGAAACCCUAUACAUGCCAAGAGUGUGGACAGAGCUUUACUCAGAUUUCAAACCUACGUUCACAUGAAAGGAUUCACACUGGGGAGAAACCCUUUGAAUGCCUGGAGUGUGGAAAGUGCUUCAGUGAGACUGCAAAACUACGUAAACAUCAAAGGACUCACACUGGAGAGAAACCCUAUAAAUGCCCAGAAUGCGGACACGGCUUCAUUGAGAGAAGAGACCUACAGACCCAUCUGAGGAUUCACACUGGGGAGAAACCCUAUACAUGCCUGGUAUGUGGACAGAGCUUCACUGUGAGUGGAGCACUACGCAGACAUGAAAGGACUCACACUGGGGAGAAACCCUAUAAAUGCCAAGAGUGUGGACAGACCUUUGCUCAGACUGCACAUCUACGUAAACAUCAAGGAACUCACACUGGGGAGAAACCCUAUAAGUGCCUGGAGUGUGGACAGAGCUUCGUUCAGAUUGGAAAUUUACGUAAACAUGAAAGAACUCACACUGGGGAGAAACCCUAUGAAUUCCAGGAGUGUGGACAGAGCUUUGCUCAUACUGGAAGUCUAUUUUCACAUGAAAGCACUGACACUGGAACAGAACCCUAUUCAUGCCCUUAGUGUGGACAGAGCUUCACUCAGAAACCGUAUCUACUUACUGGGAGAAAAAUACAUCAAAGGAUGCAAACUGGGAAAUACCUUAUAAAUCCCUGCAGUGUAGAAAGACUUUCAGUUCUAUUGCAAAUCCAUGUUCACAUCACAGGACUCACACUGGGGAAAAGGCUUAUAAAUACCUGGAGUGUGGACAGAGUUUCACUCAGAGGGGAAAUCUACAUUCACAUCAAAGGACUCACGCUGAGGAAAAACCCUACAAAUGUCUGGAGUGUGGAAAUAAUUUAUCUUAUUGUGCAAGUCUACAUUCACAAUCUAGGACUCACACUGGGGAGAAACCCUAUAAAUGCCUGGAGUGAUGACAAAGCUUCACUGAAAGUCUACGUUCACACCACAGGACUCACUCUGGGGAGAAACCCUCUACAUGCAUGGAAGGAAUAUGUUUCUUGAGAAUCCUGGAUGGUCA